AGGCCAGCUCCGAAUCCGCGUCUCCAUCUUCUUCUUAUUCGUCCUUUUCCUUUUCCUUUUUCAUUUUCUCUCUCCUAAUACUAGGGUUCUACUCAGCCCCUUUCGGCCUUCUCCGAUCGGUGGAAAGUAAAAUCUGCAUCGAAUUUCGUGAAUUUUAAGGGCGAUGGAAGUUACACAGGUGCUUUUAAAUGCACAAUCUAUAGAUGGAGCUGUGCGCAAGACUGCUGAAGAAAGCUUGAAACAGUUCCAGGAGCAGAACCUUCCUGGUUUCUUGCUGUCACUUUCUGUGGAGUUGGCAAAUGAGGAGAAGCCUGUUGAAACACGUAAAUUAGCGGGUUUGAUACUUAAGAAUGCGUUGGAUGCGAAGGAACAGCACAGGAAGUUUGAGCUGGUUCAAAGAUGGUUGUCAUUGGACACCAAUGCAAAGAGCCAGAUUAAGGCAUGCUUACUGAAGACUCUGUCUUCUCCAGUAUCUGAUGCUCGGUCAACUGCAUCUCAAGUUAUUGCCAAGGUUGCUGGCAUUGAGUUGCCACAGAAACAGUGGCCUGAGUUGAUAAGUUUGCUUUUAUCAAAUGUUCAUCAGCUACCAGCUCAUGCUACGCAAGCCACUUUAGAGACUCUUGGGUAUAUGUGUGAGGAGGUCUCACCUGAUGUUAUUGAUCAAGAUCAAGUAAAUAAAAUACUUACUGCUGUAGUUCAAGGUAUGAGUGCAUCAGAAGGAAACACUGAUGUGAGGCUUGCUGCUACAAGGGCACUUUACAAUGCACUGGGAUUUGCUCAGGCAAAUUUCAGCAAUGACAUGGAGCGUGAUUAUAUAAUGAGAGUUGUCUGUGAGGCAACACUAUCCCCAGAAGUGAGGAUAAGGCAGGCAGCUUUCGAGUGUUUGGUUUCCAUUUCAUCAACUUACUACGAGAAACUAGCUCCUUAUAUCCAGGAUAUUUUUAACAUCACGGCAAAGGCCGUGAGGGAAGAUGAGGAACCUGUCUCACUUCAAGCCAUUGAGUUCUGGAGUUCAAUAUGUGAUGAGGAGAUAGAUAUUUUGGAAGAAUAUGGAAGUGAUUUCACUGGGGACUCUGAUAUUCCUUGCUUUUACUUUAUCAAGCAGGCACUCCCUGCUCUUGUUCCUAUGCUGUUGGAGACUCUCUUGAAGCAAGAGGAGGAUCAGGAUCAGGAUGAGGGGGCUUGGAAUAUUGCAAUGGCUGGCGGAACCUGUCUAGGUUUGGUUGCGCGGACUGUAGGAGAUGAUAUUGUCCCUCUUGUUGUGCCAUUUAUUGAGGAGAAUAUAACAAAACCAGAUUGGAGGCAGAGGGAGGCGGCAACUUAUGCCUUUGGUUCAAUCUUGGAGGGUCCUUCCCCUGAAAAGUUGCUAUCUCUUGUGAAUGUUGCCUUAACCUUCAUGCUCAGUGCUUUGACAAAGGACCCCAAUAGCCAUGUCAAAGACACUACUGCCUGGGCCCUUGGACGGAUCUUUGAAUUCCUUCAUGGUUCUGCUGUAGAUUCACCUAUCAUCACUCAGGCAAAUUGCCAACAGAUAGUCACAGUUCUGCUGCAGAGUAUGAAGGACACUCCAAAUGUUGCUGAGAAAGCCUGUGGUGCUCUCUAUUUUCUUGCUCAAGGUUAUGAGGAGGUGGGUCCAUCAUCUCCUUUAACUCCUUUUUUCCAAGAAAUUGUCCAGUCCCUUCUCACUGUUACUCAUCGAGAAGAUGCUGGGGAAUCCCGACUGAGGACUGCUGCCUAUGAGACAUUGAAUGAAGUGGUGAGGUGUUCAACCGAUGAGACAGCUUCAUUGGUGUUGCAAUUGGUGCCUGUAAUCAUGAUGGAGCUUCAUAACACCCUUGAGGGGCAGAAACUGUCUUCUGAUGAAAGGGAGAAGCAAAGUGAAUUGCAGGGCCUUCUUUGUGGGUGUUUACAGGUCAUCAUUCAGAAGCUUGGUUCAUCAGAACCAACCAAGUAUGUGCUCAUGCAGUAUGCAGAUCAGAUAAUGGGGCUUUUCCUUAGGGUUUUUGCUUGUAGGAGUGCCACUGUACACGAGGAGGCCAUGCUUGCCAUUGGAGCCCUUGCUUAUGCAACAGGACCAGAUUUUGCAAAGUAUAUGCCAGAGUUUUAUAGGUACUUGGAGAUGGGUCUUCAGAAUUUUGAGGAGUACCAAGUCUGUGCUGUCACAGUUGGUGUUGUUGGUGAUAUUUCCAGGGCAAUAGAGGAAAAAAUUGUGCCCUACUGUGACGGGAUUAUGACACAACUUCUCAAGAAUUUAUCAAGCAACCAGUUGCAUCGUUCUGUGAAACCUCCCAUAUUUUCAUGCUUCGGCGACAUUGCAUUGGCCGUAGGGGAGUAUUUUGAAAAGUACUUAAUGUGGGCCAUGUCCGCGCUUCAGAGUGCAGCAGAGUUGUCUACCCAUACAGCAGGUGAUGAUGAAUUGACAGAGUACACAAAUUCACUGAGAAAUGGAAUUCUGGAGGCAUAUUCUGGGGUUUUCCAAGGGUUUAAGAACUCUCCAAAAACCCAGCUCUUGAUUCCCUAUGCAUCUCACAUCCUUCAGUUCUUGGAUAGCAUAUACAUUGAGAAAGACAUGGAUGAUGUGGUUAUGAAGACAGCCAUUGGAGUCCUUGGAGAUCUAGCUGAUACAUUGGGAAGUCAUGCUGGUUCUCUGAUACAGCAAUCCCCGUCAAGCAAAGACUUUUUAAAUGAAUGCUUGUCUUCUGAAGACCUUAUGAUUAAAGAAUCUGCUGAAUGGGCCAAGUUGGCCAUUAGUCGUGCCAUUUCUGUUUGAGGGUGUUGCCAUUCAGCAUGUUUAUUUUCUUUUGGAAGUCCAUGCAUUUGGGUGUGUUGAGUUGAGGGUCUGGGAUUGCAUGUGUCAAGUCAUCGCCUUUGUCAGACAACAGAAGUAAUCAGUCUUCAAGUUGUCACUAACUCUUGCAUCAUCAUCAUCAUGGGGUCAGAUUCCUUUUUUUUUUCUUUUGUCAUGGAGGAAGUGGAUUAAGAUGGUUUCAGAGAAGUUGAUGAAGGUCUCCAUGAAACUGGGGGAGAGAAUAUCUGUUGGUCCUGAAAGAUUGAAGUAGGGGAGGAUCAGUAACUGUGACAUGUGGGAAAGACUGACUAGUCACCUAGCUUGGUCACGUGCUGUUUCUACGCCCCAUUUGUCAAGACAAACAUCAUUUUUGCCUUGGUGUGGUUUUCUCCAAUUAAAUUUAGGUUGUUGGAGUGGAUGACUGAGAAUUUGGUUCAAAGUGCUGCAGCACUUCAAGACAUGUCAAGUACUGCAUUUCCACCAUUGUCCUUCCAUCACCUAGUUUUGGUUCUGAGUGUUACUCAACCCCUUCUUUUGGUAGUUCAACUCUUCAUAUUUUUUAAGUAUGAUACGUCAGUGGCUGGGUUGCAUUUAAUCACCUCUGCUGCUUUUGUAUAUUUUGUUUCGGUGGGGUUGGGGGUUAGCCACAUACAGCAUGCUAUUGGGAGUAUUCCAUCCAGCAUUGCAUUGUUGUUGUUGUCGGGGUUUUUUUUUUUUUUUUUUUAUAAAUUUGAAUUGUUAGCAAAAGUCUCGAGUCAAUUGUUCAAUAUCAUGCAUUCAUAAAAUUAUUUGUUUUGCAUUUCCUUUGGGUAUACAAUUUUGUUCCCGUUGUUUCAGAUUGUAUAAUAGAAUUUUUGGUUAUCACUGCUUAUACAUAGUGAUAGUAAAUCACAAAUUGGGCUGACAUUAGUAGGGCCGAAUGAGAUAAUUCUGGGUUUGCCUUUU